AAUGAUAAUAAGCAAAUCGACAAUAAUAACAAUUUUGAUGACAACAAUUUUAACAAUAAUGACAAUUUAAGUGAAAAUAGCCGCCAUCAUCAAAACAAAGACAUUACAUUACAUUUUUUACAUUCUGACAAUAACAACAAUAACAACAACAACAAAAGAAAUUACAGAGAAAUCAAUGAUGAUGAACGCAAUGAUCUGCAACAACAACAACAACAACAACAGCAAAUUCAGUCUACUGAAUCGACUAAAACAACAACAACAAACGACGAUAACAACAACAACGAUACAAUCUUAGUAACAGAAGAAGCAACGAAACAAUUAUUGAAAACUAAUCAACAAAAAAAUCAAUCAAUAAUAGCUAUGGCUAUUGUUGAUGAUAUUGUUGAUGACAAUGUUCUUGGUGUUGGUGGUGGUGAUAAUAUUUUUGACACUUUAAAUAAUCAUUUAGAUCAACAACAAAAUGAUAGUUUAAUAACGAUUGGUCCUGAUAUUGAAUAUAUUUAUUUUCGUGAUGGAACAAGAUUCUGGGUACAACGUGUAUUAGUACCAAUAAUAAUGAUUAUUGGUAUUAUUGGUAAUAGUAUAACAAUGAUUAUAAUGACUCGUCGUCGUAUGCGUUCAAGUACAAAUUGGUAUCUAGCAGCAUUAGCUAUAUUCGAUAUGAUUUAUUUAAUAUUUACAUUUAUAUUAUCAUUGAAACAUUAUCCAAAUGCUCAUUCAAUUGAUUAUUAUUUAUAUUGGAAUUUAUUUCCAUAUUUUACAAUGAUUGCUGAUGCAUCUUCGAAUACAUCGGUUUGGCUUACAGUAACAUUUACAAUUGAAAGAUAUAUUGCUGUUUGUCAUCCAAUCAAAGGAAAAGUAAUCUGUACGGAAUCACGUGCAAAACGUGUUAUAUUAUGUGUUUUUAUUAUUUGUUUAUCGGUUACAUUACCAACACCAUUUGAAUGGAUUAUUGUUGAACGUUAUGAUAAUCAAACAGAAUCCAAAUCAUUGGAAGCAGAAUUUUCUGAUCUUGGAAAUAAUCAAACUUAUCGUAAUAUUUAUUAUCAUAUGACUGUAUUUUUAUUUGUAUUAUUACCAUUAAUAUUAUUGGUAAUAUUUAAUUCAUUUUUAAUACGUUCGGUACAUAUUUCAAAUCGUGAACGUUCACGUAUGGUUAUGGGUAAAGAAAAACAAUCUAAAACGAAAAAAAGUGCAUUAAAAACAUCAACCAACAUGAAUUCAAAUUCAAAUUCAAACAAUUCAACACCGAAUAUAUAUGUGCCUUCAAUACCAAGUGCUACAGCAACAGCAAUUGCAGCAUCAUCCUCUCGGCAAGAAAUUCGUAUAACAAUAAUGUUAAUAGCUGUUGUUAUUCUGUUUAUUAUUUGUCAAACACCAACCGCUUGUAUAUUGGUUUAUACUGCAUUCAAUCCAUAUGAUGAUCAAUCAAAUCAAGGUUGUAUAUUGGUUGCAUUAAGUAAUAUAUUCAAUCUAUUGAUGUCAAUCAAUUCGGCCGGUAAUUUUGUAUUAUAUUGCCUAUUAUCACAAAAAUAUCGUCGUACAUUUGUCAAUAUGUUUUGUCCUUGUUUAGCACGCAAAUUUUGUCAUUCAAAUAUUUAUGGACGUUCACAAAUGGAUCAUUCAGUAAAUACAACAACAACAACAACAACAGCAACACGUUCAACAAUUAAUAAUCGUCAUAAUAAUAAUAAUAAUAAUAAUUUUCAUCAUCAUCGUCAUCACUAG